AUGGUCAACUUGAACAACGCUUUGUUGGCCGCAGGGGCCUUCGCCACUUUCGCUGUUGCAGCACCGACACAAGCAGCCGUCUUCGAGAGAGACGUAAAACACGCCGAUACUGUCACAUGUCCUAUAACCGGAGUCUCGAACUUCGGAAAGACGUUCAAGAAAGACGACAUCGAAGCCGACAUCAAGGCAAACCCGGACCCCAACAACCAGAACUCCGGUUUCCCCAAGGAGUAUCGAUACAGUGGCAGCGGCGGCUCUUGGCCGUUCACAAAGGACACACACUGCGAUGACAUGAAGGAUAAGGGUGACAAGAUAUACGAGAUUCCGAUUGGUCCCUCGGGACAGGCGUGGAAGACAUUCGGGAACAAUCCCGGAACCUACAGGGUCCUCUUCAGUCUUGAUGGGGGUGACCAGAUUUUCUGUGGUGUGACCGCUCAUGCGAGCAAGACUGAUUUCAGCAAGGUCGUUGGAUGUGAAGACUGA